UCAUUUCAUUCAGUUCUAUUAAAUGGUACAAAAACAAUUGGUCAUUUCUUAUGUGCGUUUCUUUCUGUUUUUUCAAGGUAUAACGAUUAUUAAAAUUUAAGAAUAAAUGUCGGCUACCGAACAGAUGCGAGCAAUGCUCGAUCAAUUGAUGGGCACUUCCCGAGUUGGUCCAGAUGAUAAGCAAAGAUCGACAAAAUAUCGUUUCACCGAUUCUCAAGUUUGUAAAAGUUUCCUGUUGAAUUGUUGUCCACACGAGAUUCUUGCCUCAACACGUAUGGACAUUGGUGAAUGUCCCAAAGUUCAUGAAUUUGCUUUGCGAGCUGAUUAUAAUAAAGCAAGUAAAACACAACAUUAUGGAUAUGAAUUGAACGCUUUUGAACAUCUUUCUCAAUUUGUCGCCGAUGCUGAUCGUCGAACUGAAGUAGCAAAAAAACGUUUAGCCGAAACUCAAGAAGAACUAAGUGUUGAAGCCUCCGAAAAGCUCAAUCGAGUGCAUGAAUUGGCUGAAGCUAUUGGAAAAAAACUAGCGGCAGCUGAAGCCGCUGGCAGUGAAGGAAAUGUGGAAGAAUCGCUCCGAUUGAUGGAGGAAGUAGAAAAAAUUAAGAAGGAAAAAAAUGCUGCCGAAACAGAAUAUAAAAGUUCAAUACCGACCUCCAGCUAUCAGCAACAAAAGCUCCGUGUUUGUGAAGUUUGUUCGGCAUACCUGGGCAUUCAAGAUAAUGAUCGAAGAUUGGCAGAUCAUUUUGGAGGCAAACUUCAUCUGGGUUUUAUUACCAUUCGAGAAAAACUUGAAGAAUUGCGUGAAUUGGUCGAAACCAAUCGAAAGAAAGGCGUCUAUAAACAAUUAAAAAGAGAUGGUAAUACAAGCCAUGAACGCGGUAGUAGUCGUUAUGAUUCAGAUCGAAGUGGCCGUUCGUCCCGUUAUGAUAAUGAUAGGCGCCGCCGAAGCCGCUCUAGAUCGAAGGAAUAUCCUGAACGCGAUAGAGAUCGAAAUGAACGACGGAGUCAUCAAAAUCGAAAUCGAUAUAGUGAUCGUGGUGGCAGCAGCCAUAGAGAUCGUAGCCAUCGUAAUGGUCAUUAUUAAGUUAAUACCUGUGCAAAUUUAUGUUAUCAGUUUCUCUUUGACCGUGAUCUUAAAUUUUAAUCAUUGAGCUAUUCAUUUGAAUUCAUUUA